AUGAGUGGAGGGCUCAUAGCUGGUAUCGCCGGUAUCAACAAAACAAUCGCAAUCGCCUCCAUUACCCACGAUGACCUGACGUACGGGAUCUACAAGCUUAACACAUGGGUGCUCACAGAAAUGUGGUUUAUUAUCAUAUUUGGAUCGAUCCCAGUCCUCCGCCCGUUCUUCGUGCGUUUCACACAGGAUAUCAAAAGUGCCGCCGGAUAUGGUCAUUCUCGAAGCCGUACCAAUCCUUCCGAUUACCUGUGUAGUGGCCGCAACAACCGUGAGUCUUGGAUGCAGCUCGAUGAUAGGUCACAUAGCACUUAUGUGACGCCUGUUUCUACCUAUGCGAAAACGGAUUCAUAUCUACAACGUGGAGAAAAUGGCGAUUGUACUUUUGGGCAGCAACAGUCAGGAAGACAAAUUUUGAUGACGAGGCAUACCAGCGUUGAGUCGGAGAGAUGUUAG